AUGCCUGCCAUGAACCUUAAAGCUUUGCUCUUAGCAUCUGUGUACUCCUUGAGGGCAGCAAGAGGAGCACCUACAUCGAGUGCAAGCUUUGAUAUCAACGCGGAUUGGGUGUCUUGGGAUGAUAAUACAUGGACCUUGAAAUCAACCAAACCGCAGCCAGGGGUUUUUACUUCAUGGUUGCCGCAGUCGAACGGCUAUUUUGGCCUCGCUCAAGGUUCCUUGGGGCCGUUCUAUGAGCGCAGCCGUCGAAAUGAUUCAGAAGGAUGGCCGUCUUAUAGCAAUCCCCGAAGGACGUUCGCCACUGUCACGGGAUUCUGGAGCAGCGAGGCUAGCACACUUGAGCCCGGGGAGCUGGGCGAGAGUUUCAUCUCCGGGGUGCCGCACUUUACCGACUUGCUUGUUGAAGCAUGUGGCAGUGUCCUCAACGGAGAUGUAGAUGUAUCCGAGAUCACCGAGUUCGAGUCAACGCUGUCUUUCAAGACCGGAAUACUCACAUGGUCGUAUGUCUGGAGCCCUCCGACGUGCGUGGAGAAUCAGAAAUUUCUCAUAUCAUACGAGUCUUUGGCCUCGAUGGUCGAACGACGUUUGGCAGCUGUGAAACUGGCCAUCUUCAGUGAGCAAGGACUCGACAAUGUGUACAUCCUUGAUCGACAAGACAACCAGUCCGCUUUGCGCACAAGAACUGUCAAGACAGGCGUCAAUCAGGCCAGCAGUCAGGUCUAUUCAGCUGUUUCGCCAAUGGGAGUUGACCACGUCAUGGCGUAUGUGCUGUCAUCAACCCUUGGAGGCGAGUUGUUGUGCCUUGAAAGAAGGGAUGAAUACUCGAGCGACUUUUUUUCCGCACUCAAUGUCAUAGGAACCUCGGGUUCAGCCAACUCAUCCACCACAGACCCCCAGUCUGUCUCCCCGACGCAGCGGUAUCUGGUGCAACCCGGUUUGCAAUCCGCGACAGUUUACAAAUACGCAGCUAUUGCCUCAACAGAACAUUACGGAUCGGACACAGAGGCAGUGGUCUCGAGCGUUGUGUCAUCUGCCAUAAUCCGCGGGUAUCAUGCUUUGCGUGAGGAACACAGCGUCGAAGUGGGCAAGUUCAUGAGCCCGGACUUCGUCGCUGAUUUUAGAGACCCAGCGACAGGAACGCUUCCAAUAAACGGUGGCGGGCACGUGGUAGAAGCCUUGCAGAUCACAGCCAUCUCCUCCGCUUACUACCUUUACACGAGCCUCAUCCCAUGGAGCCCGGCUCAAGAUGAGAACCCAAGCACUUGCAUCGCAUGUAACUCUCUGGCCGUUGGCGGCUUGGUUUCCCAGACAUACGGAGGCAAGAUCUUUUGGGACGCCGAUCUCUUUGUGGCGCCCGCCAUCCAAGGAGUGCACCCCAAGUUGGCAAGACAGUUUUCGCUGUAUCGCAUAAACAGGGCAGAAGAGUCUCGCAAAAACACCAAGAGGCACAACCUAAAAGAUGGGAGCAUGCUCUAUGCAUGGACAAGCGGUCGAUAUGGACAAUGCUACAACAUGUCUGCACCCUGCAUCAUGUACCAAUAUCACCUCAAUGCCGAUAUCGCCUUGAGCAUGACCAUGGGCCGCAACACCAGCGGCGACAGGAAUUGGUAUGAAAAGCACGGGGCUGUGGACGUCAUCGACGGCGUGGCCACGGGCCUGAGCGAUAUUCUCACACGACGAGAGAACACUGGCCUCUGGGGCAUCGACGUGAUGGCCGAUGCCGACGAAUACUACAUGUGGAUUGCAGACGGUUCAUUUACUAGUACCGCGGUCAGCACUCUUCUGCAAAUAGCCUCGGAGGCUCGUCAUGAGCGAGGUAUCCCACUCGAGACCAACUGGCUUGACCAGCUCGAGCACAUGUCGAUACCCACCUCAGACGACGGCGUUGUGCUCGAAUUUCAGGGCAUGACAAACGAUGUCUUCCCCAAGCAGGCAGACGUCAUCUUGUCCCAUUAUCCCUACGACUACAAGCGGAAUUUCUCACUCGACAAAUACCGAGCUGCAAUGGACUUUUACGCAGUCCGCACCGACCCGCACGGUCCAGCCAUGACUUGGAGCAUGUAUGCUAUCACGGCCAACUCCCUGGCUACCUCGGGAUGCGCUUUCUGGACAUACCUAGUCAAAUCGUUCCAGCCUUAUAUCCGCGGCCCUUGGUACCAGUACUCCGAACAGCAAGAUGACGAGCCUGACGUCCUGGACCCCCUGACCGGGAACCCUAUCAACCCGGCUUUUCCGUUCCUCACGGGCCACGGCGGCCUCCUGCAGAUAUUCACGGCGGGAUUUCUCGGCCUACGCGUCACGCACCGAAAUUUGGUGAUAAAUCCAUCGCUCCCUCCGCAGCUCCGCGACUUCAAACCGCCCAUCCAGUAUUAUAACGGCGCCGUCGUCAGCUUCCGCAUGAAUCGUACGCAUACGUUUAUCACGAGGCGCGAUGCAUCUCACUUCGACGGUCUGGUGCCAGACCAGUACGGCGAGGAGGAUAUGCCCAUCACCGUCGGCCGAGGCGUGGACGACCCCAACGCGCGGACGGUGUUCUUGCGCAUCAAUGACACCGUAGUAGUGCCGAAUAGGUUGUAUGAUGCUGAGGUUUCCGUGCCGGGCAACGUUUUGCAAUGCCACGACGCAACUUCGUCACAUGGCGAGCUAGCGUUCGCAGCCACGGAUGGAUACGGAGGCACUUUUUGGCAGUCCGGUACUUGUGAUGUCACGGCCGCUGUGGUGGUGGAUCUGGGAACUUCGCAGAUGCCGCGGCGGCUGAAAGCUAUCCAGCUGGACUUUGCCAUGCGGCCGCCAAAGCAUGUCAAGGUUUCGGUCUCGAAUAGCUCCGAUUUCGAGCCUGGUACAGUGCUUGCAGACCAAGACAUCCGUAUCACGAAGCCAUGGAUCCCGAACUCGCCGGUGGUGAAAUACGUAGGAAAUAUGACCACCAUCCAGCUCACUGGCGCUGUAUGGAGUGGUGUAUUUGCGAAACUCGAGAUCACAGGCUGCUGGACAGAUGACGGUGCUGGGGCCACGGUUGCCGAGUUCGGGCUCCUGGCUGCAGAUCUCCAUGAGUGA